AUGCCGCACUCCUUCGGUUACCGUGCUCGUACGCGCGACAUGUUCGCUCGUCCGUUUCGUCAGAGUGGUAUGAUCAAGAUGUCGACGUACUUGCGUACGUUCAAGGUCGGUGACUACGUGGACAUUAAGGCCAAUGGUGCCGUACAAAAGGGUAUGCCCCACAAGUACUACCACGGCCGUACUGGUCGUGUCUAUAACGUCACGAAGCGUGCCGUUGGUGUGCGUGUGAACAAAGUGGUUGGCAACCGCAUCAUCCACAAGCACAUUAAUGUGCGUAUUGAACACGUGCACCAGUCCAAGUGUCGUCUGGGUUUCCUUACGCGUGUCAAGGAGAACGAGCUGAAGAAAAAAGAGGCUCGUGCUACUGGUGUCCGUGCUCAGAUCAAGCGUCUUCCCAAGCAGCCCAAGGCCGCCUACACGCUAAAAGCGAACGGUACCAAGCCCAUUACGAUGGCGGCCCAACCGUUCGUGGACCUCAUGUAA